AUGGCAAACUUCGCCAAAGCACAGCCACUCCUCCCCCUCGCGCUGCUGCUGUUGCUCUCCUCGCCGCGCGCCGGCGAGGCCGCGCCCAACACGGCGGCGCGCUCGGUGCUGUGCAACGGCGCGGCGUACGGCGCGGGCGACCCCUUCGCGGCGAGCCUGGCGUACGUGCUGGGCGAGCUCCUCGCCGGCACGCCGGCCGGCGACGGGCGCGACAUGUACGCCAUCUCCCCGUACCCGAGCGCCUUCGCGUACGGCCGCGCCGCGUGCCGCGGCGGCGGGGGCGGCGUCACGGCGGCGGACUGCGCGAGCUGCCUCGGCGCGGCCGUGGCGCGGAUGAACGCCACCUGCGGCCGCGCCAUCGGCGCCAGGGCUCUGCUCGUCGAUUGCAGCGUGCGCUACGAGCAGUACGCGUUCGUGGACUUUUAG